AUGCAUGCAAAUAGUCCGUGGAUUCCCGCACCUGUGCCCCCCGCUACAGUUCUCUUGCCGGGACCUGUUGUAGUGCCGGUCUUUUCGGGCCUAAGCCGGGUUGAAAGUACAGAGGAGAAGGCCAAAAAGCAGACGGCCGAAGAGAGAAAGCGGCGAAACCGCGUGGCAGCUCAGCGCAGUAACAUGAAGCGGAAACUUGCCUGUGACGCGAUCCGCGUGCAGUUGAAGCCGCUCCGGGAGAAGGUCGACGAGCUUAGGAAGAGGGAAGGGGCUUUGCGUGAAGAGAAUUUGGCAAUGAAAAAGCAGGUUGACAAUAGCUGA